CGAACCGACGAAGCAAGCGAAGCAAGUUGCGUUGCGGUGCCAUGGAUGGCUUGGAGCAGCGACGACAAGCUUUGCGUGCGGCCUUGAGGAAGGAACCCAUCACUUCACCGGACGUGCGGAUCGUUGAGGCUCGAGUGGCCGGCGGUCUCUUCCGCGCAGGUGAUGCGGUCUUGUGGGAGAAACUGCGCCUGUGCCAUGAUGGAGGUGCUUUCAACUUGCUGGUGGCACGUCCAACGGAGUGCACGAGAACUGCGGCCAUUUUGGUGAUGCAUCCGACUGGCAAAUCCAAGGAGUUCAUGGCCGAAGCAAUGGAAAGAUGGGCCAGGAAGGGCUUUCUGGCCAUCGCCUUUGAUGCGCCCUGGCACGGCGAGCGGGCCACGCCUUUGGCGGGCUUGAAGGAUCUGACGCUGAGUGCUUUGGGUCCUUCGCAAGUGAAAGAGAUCAGCAGCAGCGAAUCCUCUCGGCUGAAGAUCUACUUUGAUGCUUUGAUACGAGGAUGGCAUGAUGGCAGCGAGCGAUUUGUGAUGGACAUAGCUCGAGAUGCCCUGUGGGUUGUGGAUUACCUGUCCAUGAGACCCGACGUGUUGCAGGACUACAUCGCAGCCACCGGUGUGUCGCUGGGUGGUAUGGCUUGUUGGCUCCUGGCUGCUGCGGAUCCAAGGAUCUUCGCGGCUGCACCGGCCAUCGGGGUGCAGUCCUUCCACCAUGCGCUGGUGAACGACCUGUGGCAGGCACGUGUUGACUCGGUUCGGCCCACCUUUGAAGAAGCGGCAAAGGAGAUGGGCAAAGCAAGGAUCGAUCAGGAGGUGGUGAAAGCCGUGUGGGCGCGCAUUGCGCCAGGGCUCGCAGAGGUGGAUCCUUCCAUCAAAGAUGCCUUCGAUGCGCCCUUGACUCUGCCUUGCAUUGCUCCACGUCAUCUGCUGGUGCUCAACGGCGAGAAGGAUCCUCGCUGCCCACUGGAAGGACUUCAGCAGUCGCUGGCAGCCACGAAAGAGGCCUAUGAGCGCCUCGACGGCCAGGAGCGAUUGCGGGUCUACAUCCAAGAGGGAGUGGGGCACAUGAUGACCAAGCAAAUGUGGGAGAAAAUCGAUGACUUCUUCACCGCAACACUGAGCAGCAACGGCAAGCGGAAACGGCAAGCGCAACUCUGAGGUGUCCCUGCGGUCGGGUGGUUUUUCGGUGGUCACGGUGGUCACGGUGUCGCUC